UUUUGUCUCCUCCUUCCUCUCUCGUUUUCGCUUCGAUGCAAACACCCCGACCGAUCUUCUAUUCCCUCAACAAUGUCGACUCUCACAGUCCCGGAGCCAGUGACCUCCAUGGCCGAUGACUACAAGCAACUCCGGAAAGCAUUCGCAGGAUGGAGAACAAAUGAGAAGUUGAUCAUAUCCAUAUUGACUCAUAGGAAUGCGUCACAGAGGAAGCAAACCUAUGCCAAGACUUAUGGCGAGAACCUCCUCAAGGCAUUGGACAAAGAACUUAUGCUUAUUUCAAGGCGAGGAACAAAUGAAGGGGCCUUGACAAGACUGGUUGCUAGUAGGGCCAAGGUCGACAUGAAGUUCAUAAAUGAGGUGUACUAAGAAGGAACAGCUUCACCCUCAUCGCGCCAUUGUCAAGGACACCGCCGGAGACUAUGAAAAACUGCUUCUGGCAGUGGUUGGCUAUGUAGACGCAUAAUUUACAAAUACUCAUGAAGCUGUGUCCGGUAGAGGCAAUAUGUCUAUUCAAAGUUAAUGGACACCCAUUUAGACGUAAACAUGGGUCUACGAAUUGACUUGCAGCCAUCCAUUGGGACGCUUGAUGUAGUCAAAGCCUGUACUCAGGUGACUCAAGUGCGCGCAAUAAUAA